AUGGCGGAAAGACGCUUCUCUAGAUUGUCUACCAUUUUAGUCGUAUUUUUAUCUCUAUUUUUGCUCGUGGAGUCUUUUAAACCUUGUCGAAGGUUAGUUAAAGGUGCCUCCUGUCUAAUGUGUGCACUUAAACUGGAUAUCAAGCAGUUUCCAACAAGAAAUACGCCUGGUCUACCGAGACAUUCUCCUUCCACUACUAAAGGCAGCCUGCCACCAUCUUGUAAAUUGAAAGUUAGUUUACAUUUGCUGAAAUUAUCUAUGGUCGCUUCCUCGUUAGUUCUUUUAUCUGGCGAUGUGAGUUUAAAUCCUGGUCCUUAUGCAGAUGAUCUGCCAAAAGCUCGUGGCUUCAAAGUGGCUCACCUGAAUGUACGAAGCUUGGUAAACAAACUGGACGACAUUAGUCAUCUCGUAAGAAGUAAAUCGUUCGAUAUUUUCUCAGUUUCUGAGACUUGGCUCAAUCCCACUAUAUUGGAUACUGAAAUUGACAUUCCUGGCUAUACGUCA